AUGAGGUUACCCUAUUUCCCAGCGAGGUCAGUGCUUUUCCACAAGGAGCCGAACGGAGUGACAUACAGAGUCCCAGCGCUGCUCUACCUGUCCCGCUCCAGGUCCUUCCUGGCCUUCUGCGAGGAGAGACUCAGUCCAUCCGACUCGGAGGCUCACCUGCUGGUCAUGAAGAAAGGCACUUUCUACAGGAACUAUGUGGAGUGGGAGGACAUGCGUGUCCUGGGCACUGCUUUCCUGCCAGGCCACCGGUCCAUGAACCCGUGCCCGGUGUACGAUGAUUUCACAGGUACUCUCUUCUUGUUCUUCAUCGCUGUCCUCGGCCACACCCCAGAGUCCUAUCAGCUGGUGACGGGGAAGAACGUGACCCGUUUCUGCUACAUCUGCAGCACUGACGAUGGAGACACCUGGAGUCCUGUCACCGACCUAACCAAGAGGGUCAUAGGAGAUACUAUCAAAGAAUGGGCUACUUUCGCUCUCGGCCCGGGCCAUGGUAUCCAGCUGAAGUCCGGCCGUCUGCUGAUUCCUGCCUACGCUUACCACAUCGAGUGCAAAGAGUGCUUUGGGCAGCUCUGCCAGACCACUCCCCACGCCUUCUGCUUUCAUAGUGACACUCAUGGGCGGACGUGGCGUUUCGGGGAGGCGGUGCCGGGGCCGGAGAGCGUGGAGUGUCAAAUGGUGUCGGUGGAUGAAGAGGACGGGACUAAUGUUUUGUACUGUAACGCACGCAGCCCUCUCGGAUACAGGGUGCAGGCCCUCAGUCUGGAUGAUGGAGCGGUGUUUCAGGAGGGCCAGCUGGUGCAGCGUCUGGUGGAGCCUCGGAAUGGUUGCCAUGGAAGCAUUGUGGGAUUUCCUGCCCCGUUACAUUUACGUCAUUCUCUUGACAAUCACCUACACCAACCUCACUCCAGACACUGGACCACCACCUCUGGUUCCACCAGACCCUUGACACCCGAUCAUCCAGAUUUUCUCACCCCCACCUGGGUAGUAUACUCCCACCCAACAUGGACCACCGCACGCAAGGAUCUCGGCGUGUUCCUCAGCCUGUUUCCCCGUGAUCCAGACAGUUGGCGCGGCCCCUGGGUGAUCUACGAGGGCCCCAGCGCCUACUCUGACCUCGCUUAUCUAGAGUUGCCCCCCUCACCUGGUGCACCGCCUGCUGUGGCCUUCGCCUGCCUGUUUGAGUGUGGCACCAAAACUGCCUACGAUGAAAUCUGCUUCAGCAUCUUCACCCUCUACGAGCUUAUUGAUAAUCUUCCCCGGGAGGCGCAGCUGGGACAUAACAAUUGUGAAUGUAACAGACAGCAGAAUCAAGUCUCUCAGACACAUUUUAGAAGUGGACAUGACGCUCAAAGUGCAGCAGUUUUGCAUCAGGUGCCUCGUGUGAAGAAGAGGAAGAAGAAGAGCAAGUUGACUGAGAUGUGCUCUGUGUCUUAA